CGCGCGCAUGUGCACAGCUGGCGCCCCCCGCCCCCUGCGCACAGCUGGGACGUGGGCCGCGGCCAGGCAGGCGCAGUCCGGAGCCGGCAGUGGUCGCGCCGGGCCCUUCGCGGUUCGUCCGAGCGUCCGUCCGCGCCGUCGGCCAUGGCUGCACGCCCCGCGGGCCCCGCGCGCCCCUGCCUGUUGGCGCUCGCGCUCUGCUGCUGCUGGGGAGCCCUGGCAGUGGUGGCCCAGAAGCCGGGGGCCGGCUGUCCCAGCCGCUGCCUCUGCUUCCGCACCACGGUGCGCUGCAUGCAUCUGCUGCUGGAGACUGUGCCCGCCGUGGCGCCGCAGACGUCCAUCCUAGAUCUUCGCUUUAACAGAAUUAGAGAGAUCCAGCCAGGAGCCUUCAGGCGGCUGAGAAACUUGAACACACUGCUUCUCAACAAUAAUCAGAUCAAGAGGAUACCCAGUGGAGCCUUCGAGGACUUGGAAAACUUAAAAUAUCUCUAUUUGUACAAGAAUGAGAUCCAGUCAAUUGACAGGGAGGCAUUUAAGGGACUUGCCUCUCUAGAGCAACUAUACCUGCACUUUAAUCAGAUAGAAACUUUGGACCCAGAAUCAUUUCAUCAUUUGCCCAAGCUUGAAAGGCUGUUUUUGCACAACAACCGGAUUACACAUUUAGUUCCAGGGACAUUUAAUCACUUGGAAUCUAUGAAAAGGCUGCGGCUGGAUUCAAACGCGCUUCACUGUGACUGUGAAAUCCUGUGGUUGGCGGACUUGCUGAAGACCUACGCGCAAUCUGGGAACGCGCAGGCGGCUGCCACCUGCGAGUACCCCAGGCGCAUCCAGGGCCGCUCUGUGGCGACCGUCACUCCAGAAGAGCUGGACUGUGAAAGGCCCCGGAUUACAUCUGAGCCCCAGGAUGCAGACGUCACCUCGGGGAACACAGUGUACUUCACCUGCAGAGCCGAAGGCAACCCCAAACCUGAGAUCAUCUGGCUGCGAAACAACAAUGAGCUGAGCAUGAAGACGGAUUCCCGCCUCAACUUGCUGGAUGACGGGACCCUGAUGAUCCAGAACACCCAGGAGACCGACCAGGGCAUUUACCAGUGCAUGGCAAAAAACGUGGCUGGAGAGGUGAAGACUCAGGAGGUGACCCUCAGGUACUUUGGUUCUCCAGCUCGACCCACUUUUGUAAUCCAGCCACAGAACACGGAGGUGCUGGUCGGGGAGAGCGUCACUCUGGAGUGCAGCGCCACGGGCCACCCCUUGCCUCGCAUCUCCUGGACGAGAGGGGACCGGACCCCUUUGCCAGUGGACCCUCGAGUGAAUAUCACUCCCUCUGGUGGCCUUUAUAUUCAGAACGUCGUCCAGGAGGACAGCGGGGAGUACACAUGCUUUGCAUCCAACAGUGUAGAGAGCGUCCACGCCACCGCGUUCAUCAUCGUGCAGGCACUUCCUGAGUUCACUGUGACCCCCCAGGACCGAGUUGUUAUCGAGGGUCAGACAGUUGACUUCCAAUGUGAGGCAAAGGGCAACCCUCAGCCUGUCAUCGCCUGGACCAAGGGAGGGAGCCAGCUCUCCGUGGACCGGCGGCACCUGGUCCUGUCGUCGGGGACACUCAGGAUCUCUGGGGUUGCCCUCCAUGAUCAGGGCCAGUAUGAAUGCCAGGCUGUCAACAUCAUUGGUUCCCAGAAGGUCGUGGCCCACCUGACAGUGCAACCCAGAGUGACUCCGGUGUUUGCCAGUAUCCCUAGCGACAUGACAGUGGAGGUGGGCACCAAUGUGCAGCUGCCUUGUAGCUCCCAGGGCGAACCCGAGCCGGCCAUCACCUGGAACAAGGAUGGGGUUCAGGUAACAGAAAGUGGAAAGUUUCACAUCAGCCCUGAAGGAUUCCUGACCAUCAACGACGUUGGCACAGCGGAUGCUGGGCGCUAUGAGUGCGUGGCCCGGAACACUAUUGGGUCUGCCUCGGUUAGCGUGGUGCUCAGCGUGAAUGUUCCUGAUGUCAGUCGGAACGGGGACCCCUUUGUAGCCACGUCCAUCGUGGAGGCCAUCGCGACAGUUGACAGAGCAAUCAACUCCACCCGGACACACUUGUUUGACAGCCGUCCCCGUUCUCCAAAUGACCUCCUGGCCUUGUUCCGCUAUCCGAGGGACCCCUACACCGUCGAGCAGGCACGCGCAGGGGAGAUAUUUGAACGGACGUUGCAGCUGAUCCAGGAGCACGUGCAGCACGGCUUGAUGGUGGACCUCAACGGGACUAGUUACCACUACAACGACCUGGUGUCCCCACAGUACCUGCACCUCAUCGCCAACCUCUCGGGCUGCACCGCCCACCGGCGCGUGAACAACUGCUCCGACAUGUGCUUCCACCGGCGGUACCGCACGCUGGACGGCAGCUGCAACAACCUUCAGCGGCCCAUGUGGGGCGCCUCGCUGACGGCCUUCGAGCGCCUGCUCAAGUCAGUGUACGAGAACGGCUUCAACACGCCCCGCGGCAUCAACCCCCGCCGGCUGUACAACGGCCACGCGCUCCCCGCGCCGCGCCUGGUGUCCACCACGCUGAUCGGGACGGAGGCUGUGACGCCGGACGAGCAGUUCACGCACAUGCUGAUGCAGUGGGGCCAGUUUCUGGACCACGACCUGGACUCCACGGUGGUGGCGCUGAGCCAGGCCCGCUUCUCCGACGGGCAGCACUGCAGCUCUGCCUGCAGCAGCGACCCGCCCUGCUUCUCCGUGCUGAUCCCGCCCAACGACCCCCGCGCCAGGAGCGGCGCGCGCUGCAUGUUCUUCGUGCGCUCCAGCCCCGUGUGCGGCAGCGGCAUGACGUCCCUGCUCAUGAACUCCGUGUACCCGCGAGAGCAGAUCAACCAGCUCACGUCCUACAUUGACGCGUCCAACGUGUACGGGAGCACCGAGCACGAGGCGCGGGGCAUCCGGGACCUGGCCAGCCACCGCGGGCUGCUGCGGCAGGGCAUCGUGCAGCGGUCGGGGAAGCCGCUGCUGCCCUUCGCCGCGGGGCCACCCACCGAGUGCAUGCGCGAUGAGAGCGAGAGCCCCAUCCCCUGCUUCCUGGCCGGCGACCACCGCGCCAACGAGCAGCUGGGGCUGACCAGCAUGCACACGCUGUGGUUCCGCGAGCACAACCGCGUUGCCACCGAGCUGCUCCGCCUGAACCCGCACUGGGACGGCGACACCGUCUACCACGAGGCCCGGAAGCUGGUGGGCGCCGAGAUGCAGCACAUCACCUACCUGCACUGGCUGCCCAAGGUGCUGGGCGAGGUGGGCAUGAAGAUGCUGGGCGAGUACAGGGGCUACGACCCCGGCGUCAACGCCGGCAUCUUCAACGCCUUCGCCACGGCCGCCUUCCGGUUCGGCCACACGCUGGUCAACCCGGUGCUUUACCGGCUGGAUGAGAACUUCCAGCCCAUCGCCCAAGGGCACCUGCCGCUGCACAAAGCCUUCUUCUCGCCCUUCCGGAUUGUGAACGAGGGGGGCAUCGACCCGCUCCUCCGGGGGCUGUUCGGGGUGGCGGGGAAGAUGCGCGUGCCCUCGCAGCUACUCAACACGGAGCUCACGGAGCGGCUCUUCUCCAUGGCCCACACGGUGGCGCUGGACCUGGCGGCCAUCAACAUCCAGCGGGGCCGCGACCACGGGAUCCCGCCCUACCACGACUACAGGGUCUACUGCAACCUGUCGGCGGCGCACACUUUCGAGGACCUGAAAAACGAGAUCAAAAACCCGGAGAUCCGGGAGAAGCUGAAAAGGUUGUACGGCUCCACGUUGAACAUUGACCUGUUCCCAGCCCUUGUGGUGGAAGACCUGGUCCCUGGCAGCCGGCUGGGGCCCACACUAAUGUGUCUGCUCAGCACACAGUUCAGGCGCCUCCGUGAUGGGGACAGGUUGUGGUACGAGAACCCUGGGGUGUUCUCCCCUGCUCAGCUGACACAGAUCCGACAGACCUCGCUGGCCAGGAUCCUGUGUGACAACUCGGACAACAUCACCCACGUGCAGAGGGACGUGUUCAGGGUGGCAGAGUUCCCCCAUGGCUAUGGGAGCUGCGACGAGGUCCCCAGGGUGGACCUCAGGGUGUGGCAGGACUGCUGUGAAGACUGCAGGACCAGGGGACAGUUCAACGUGUUUUCCCACCAUUUUCGAGGCAGACGGUCUGUGGAAUUCAGCUACCAGGAGGAUAAGCCCACCAAAAAGAGGCGGCCACAGGAGAUGCCAAGUUUUGGGAAACAUGGUCCACGUCUCAGCAAUGCCACCUCAGCCCUCGGGGAGCCCUCAAGUGGACUAGGAACAAUUGACUUCAAGGAGUUUGUUCUGGAAAUGCAGAAGACCAUCACAGACCUCAGGAAGCAGAUAAAGAAACUUGAAUCACGCCUCAGCACCACGGAGUGCAUGGAUGCCAAUGGGGAAUCUCACGCCAACAACGCAAAGUGGAAAAGAGAUGCGUGUAGCCUCUGUGAAUGCAGAAAUGGGCAGGUCACCUGCUUCGUGGAAGCCUGCCAACCUGCCACUUGUCCGACACCCAUGAAAACUGAAGGCACCUGUUGUCCAGUCUGCUCACAGAACACUGCAGAGGGAACACCGUAGGCUCUGGUCUGGCUCCUGGGGUUUGUCUGCUGAGCCAUUGUGACAUCAGGUGGCCAAUACAGGCAGCUGCAGACCAGAGGAGACACCCGGAACUCACAGCGUUUCAUGGCCACGUCAUCUGGUGCUGUCACAGGUGGGGCAGGCGGCUCUGAGCAUCCGUGGAGAGGGAGACACAGCAAGUGCAUGGAUGGGGGAGCAGACACAUGGCUGAACUUCGUGUUAGAUUUCUCAGGUUUUUAUUUAAUUCUUUUAAAACGAAAAAUUGGUGCUACUAUUAAAUUGCACAGUUAAACCAUUUAGGCUCCUAAAUUGAUUUCACCUGAUAACACCAUUCCUUUUUAAUAAUUAAAGCAGGAUACCUCUAAAUUUCGGUGCUAGGAACAUAGAGGUGUGUUCUUGCAUGUGGGGGGAGCCGGCAGCUGCCGGAGGGGGCGCCACCAGAACCAGGGCUGCCUCACAAGCUACAUUUAAAGAUGAAGUUAGUGUGUGGUGAGUGGAAUGGAGUCUCUCUUCUGAGAGCAUUGGCGGGAUGCAGGCUCAUGUGCAGGGCAUACCUGGUGCUUCCGUCGCCCGGGGCGACCAUUGCCCCCUGGGCUCUGUCACGCCUCCCCACUCACCACCAUCUAUCCCAGGACAGACACAUCCUUUGCACAUCCUGUGACUCUUUGCUUCAGCAUGUUCUGUGCGUGACAAAGACAUUAAUAAGCCACAUCUAGAAACAGCUAGUUUCCCCGUGUGACUUGCUAACGUCCCGCCUUGCGAGCCGAAUGGUGACGAGACCAACACCAACCAAGUGCCCACUGUGUAUGUUGGUGGGUCUGGGGACGGCAGGCUCUCGUUUUGUCUAACUUCAGGUGUGUGAGUGUGUUUAACAAAAUGAAUCCCUAUACCUCAUUUGUAUUUUUAAAAUGCAUAUUUUAUGAAAAUUUAGAUGGGACAGAAAAACCAUUUCUACUAUGCAAAAUUUCCUAUAGAAUUCAGUGACUAGCAACUGUCAUACCUCAUAGGCUCCCUCUUUAAUUGAUCAAGACCUUCCCUUUUGUCCUGCAUAUGAAAUGAUCUGUGUUACGAGGAGCCUGUCCCUGAACAGGCGAGUUCAGUACACACCCUGCCCUGGGCACCCACUGAGUGUCAGGCUCUGAGAUGGGGACAUGGGGAAGGCUGCCCUCCUAGAGCCCUGGCCCAGGGGGCAGAGGAGGAAGACCUGAGUUCAGGUGUCCAAACUUGGUGGCAUGACACUAAGACUGAGUGGAAGCAGGGUUCCAUGUGGUUCCUGGCAUGGUUGGGCACGUGCCGUGUCCGGUAUGAUUUGCACACGACCUGUGUUCUAGCACGAGCAUCCUUCCCACAGGAAGAGACAUGAGUGAUGUGGGUCCCAGUCCAGCUGGGAGAACAUUCAUGGGGUUUGAUGUAUCAAGUCUUGACUGCUUAUUCUGUUACUAAGUGAUAAGAACUGGCUGGUGUUUCUUGACACAUGGGACAGGUUUCUGUAAAAUAGGAUGUAUUUGUCUAAAAGCUGAUGGUGUCACGUAAGGUCGCUCAGGUAUACAGGCAGCAGCACAUUCUGUAUUUCGGCAGUGUUUUGCUGUCUCCUAAAUGCCUUGGAGACCUUCAGUGAGGUCACGUGUGCAGCAGCCAACAGCUGUGUUCUCUAAGCGGCAGGGUAGGAAGCCAGCUGUGAUUCACAAAAUCCUGUAAUUCUAAUUCAAACUGAAUGUCUACAGAAACACUAGUGUGAGAGGAUACACAUUCUCAGAAGCGGUGGGCAGCCUGAGUGGACGUUUUCAGCAGCCACGUUGGGAGCUGCUGUAAUAGGAAUCAAAGUGUACAUACUUCCUUUCUCACUGCAGCCAACAGCCAAGUGCCUUCUGUGCUCAUUGUAUCCAGAGCUUUACCAAAGAAUUGUUUGCACUAUGUAAUGCCCCUCAGUUCAAAUAAAUGGAGACGGGUGUGGU